UUGUUGUUUUUUUGUAUGUUUGUUUAUUUCUCUCUGGUCUGUGUUAGGGAAAGAUCAGACUCACAUGUGUUCAGCUCUGUGUCUGUGAAGAGUGAUCGGUCAUGUAAAAUUCCACCAAACCUUAGUGAGGAAACACCAUCAUCCCACAAAAGUAUUUCAUUUCUUAACAGGGUUCAAUAUGAGACACUAGAUUCAGACUUUCAGACUCACAGGAAACAAAGUCAUUUCAAAGACAAUCUCCCGUGGAUCUUCCAGGACCUUGAGAGCAAAAUAAUCCAAUUUCUGAAAAAUGAGCUGGAGAAGUUUAAGAAAAUAUUACAAAAAGAGAACAUGCAAUACUUUGUGGAGGACUUUAAUGAGAACAGAUGCAGUAUCAAUGAAAUGGCUCUUGAUCUCACUCUCUACUUCUUGAGAGAUAUGAAGCAAAAUGUAGCUGCUGAUACUCUAGAAGAUGAGCUGCUCUUCAUUCAUCAACUAAAAAGUAACCUAAAGAAUAAGUAUCAAUGUGUGUUUGAAGGAAUUGCAAAGCAAGGUGACUCUACACUUCUGAAUAACAUCUUCACAGAUCUCUAUAUCACACAGGGUGGUAGUGAACAGGUUAAUACUGAACAUGAAGUAAGACAGAUUGAAGUUACUUCCAGGCAUCAAGAAUCACAAGAGAUACAGGUUGAAUGCACAAAGAUGUUUCAAGCUUCUGAACAAGAAAAGCAGAUCAGAACUGUAAUGACAAAAGGAGUUGCUGGUAUCGGAAAAUCAAUCUCUGUGCAAAAGUUUGUUCUGGAUUGGGCUGAAGGAAAAGGAAAUCAAGAUAUCAGCUUCAUAUUUCCUCUUCCUUUUAGAGAGUUGAACGUAAAGGAGAAAGAAACACAAAGUUUGACCAGUAUUAUAAGUCAGUUUUUCCCAGAAAUAAAAACACUGAACCUUAAAAGAAGGAAAUAUUUCAAAGUCCUGUUCAUCCUUGAUGGAUUGGAUGAAUGUCGUCUUCCUCUAAACUUUGAUGGUAAUGAAACAUGGCGUGAUAUAUCUUCACCAGCCUCUCUGGAUGUUCUUCUAACAAACCUGAUCAAAGGAAAUUUACUUCCUUCUGCUCUCAUCUGGAUCACCACCAGACCAGCAGCUGCCAGUAAGAUUCCUCCUGACUGUAUUGACCAGGUUACAGAGGUUAGAGGAUUCAAUGAUGCACAAAAAGAAGAAUACUUCAAAAAAAGAUUCACUGAUCAGAAUCUGGCCAGUGGAAUCAUUGAUCAUGUUAAACAAUCAAAGAGUCUCUUUAUCAUGUGCCACAUCCCAGUUUUCUGUUGGAUUUCAGCCACUGUUCUCCAGAACAUUUUGGAAGAGAGAAUAAAUAAUGAUCUGAAAAACAAUCAGGCCAAUGACACCUCCAAAACACUGCAGAAAUCAAAUACUGAAGACAUUCCCAAGACUCUGACACAAAUGUACACACACUUUCUUCGCUUUCAAAUUCAGCAAAGCAGACGAAAAUAUGAUGGAGAAUACACACCAGAUGUUUCCUGGAAUAAAGAUGCCAUCCUUUCACUGGGAAAACUUGCAUUUCAUCAGCUGGAAAGAAACAACCUGAUCUUCUAUGACACAGACCUGGAAGCCUAUGGUAUUGACGUCUCUAAAGCAUCAGUGUAUUCAGGCAUGUGUACCCAGAUCUUUAAAGAGGAAACCGGGAUCAUUCUUGGUUCCAUGUACUGUUUUGUUCACUUGAGCAUUCAAGAGUUUAUUGCAGCCCUUUAUGCACAUCUGUUUCUAGACAUAAGCAAGAAAAAUGUGUUUUUUCAAGACUCUACAGAACAGGAAAACAAAAAUGAAGCCAUGAUUGAUUUGCUCAAGACUGCAGUGGACAAGGCACUUGAGAGUGACAAUGGACACCUGGAUCUUUUUCUUCGUUUCCUCCUUGGUAUGUCACUCCAGUCUAAUCGACUACUUUUAAGAGGACUUUUAACACGCAAGCAAGAUGGCAUUGACCAGAGCAAAAUGGAAGUAGUCAAGUACAUCAAGCAGAAACUAGAGGAUAAUUUGUCUCCAGAGAGAUCCAUCAAUCUGUUCUACUGUCUGAAUGAACUGAAUGAUCAAACUCUGGUGAAAGAGAUUCAGACUCAACUAAGAGAAGGAAGUCUCUCAACUUCUGAUCUUUCACCUGCCCAGUGGUCUGCUUUGGCUUUUGUGUUGUUGACAUCAGAGGAGGAGCUGGAAGAGUUUGAGCUUCAGAAAUUCAAGAAAUCAGACGAGUGUCUCAUUAGAUUAUCGGCAGUCAUCAAAACUACCAAAAGAGCUCUGCUAAAUGAUUGUAACCUAACAGACAAAAGUUGUCCAGCUCUGGCUACAGUUCUUGGAUCAGAUAGCAGUCUGAAAGAGCUGAACAUGAACAAUAAUAAUCUGCAGGAUUCAGGAGUAAGGUGUCUCUGCACUGGGCUGAAGAAUGUCAAUUGCAAAUUAGAGAUACUGAGACUUUCAGACUGCAGUAUAACUGAAGAAGGUUAUAAAGCUCUGGCUUCAGCUCUGAGAUCAAACCCUUCACACCUGAUAGAGCUGGAUCUCACAGGUAAUGAUCCUGGAAAAUCAGGAGUGAAGCAGCUCAAUGAUUUACUACUAGAUCCAAACUUUCAACUGAAGACACUGAGGUUUUUGGGUCCUGCUGCUAAUGAAGCCUGUCAGUAUGUGACUGGAAUUGUGGGUAAAAACCCAUUAUUCCUGAAAGAGCUGAAUCUGAGUGAACGUGAACUAGGAGACCUGAAACAGCUUGUUCCACUACUGCAGGAUAAGCAUUGUACAAUUAACACACUGAUGCUUUCAGACUGCAGUAUCACUGAAGAAGGUUAUAAAUCUCUGGCUUCAGCUCUGAGAUCAAACCCUUCACACCUGAUAGAGCUGGAUCUCAGAGGAAAUGAUCCUGGACAAUCAGGAGUGAAGCAGCUCAGUGAUUUACUACUGGAUGAUUCCUGUAAAUUAAAGGUCAUCAGGUUUCUGAAAAGUCCUGCUGCACAGGAAGCAUGUGAUUAUCUCACUGAAGUUCUAGGUACAAGUCCAUUAUUACUGAAAGAACUGGAUCUGAGUGAAGAUAAAUUAGGAGACCUGGAUGGGGGGAAACUCUCUGCUCUUUUGAUAGACUCACAUAGCAAACUGGAGAAAAUUAAGCUGAAUAAUUACAGGCUGAUGGAGAAAAGCUGUUCAGUUCUAGCUACUGUUCUCUCCUCCAAAACCACCCUGAAAGAGAUAAACCUGAACAACAGCCGUCUGCUGGACUCAGGAGUCAAAGAGAUCUGUGAGGGACUGAAGAAUCCUGUGUGUGAGCUGAAGAUACUCAAUCUGUGUAGAUGCAGUAUUACAGGGAAACAGUGUCACAUCCUGACUUCAGCUCUGAAAUUAAACCCAUCACACCUGAGAGAACUGAACCUGAGUGAGAAUGAACUAAAAAACGCAGGAGUGGAUCACUUAUGUGACAUACUGAAGGAUUCACACUGUAAACUGGAGAGAUUGAGACUUUCAAACUGCAGUAUCACUGAAGAAGGUUAUAAAGCUCUGGCUUCAGCUCUGAGAUCAAACCCUUCACACCUGAUAGAGCUGGAUCUCAGAGGAAAUGAUCCUGGACAAUCAGGAGUGAAGGAGCUCAAUGGCUUACUACAGGAUGAUUCCUGUAAAUUAAAGAUCAUCAGGUUUCUAAAAAGUCCUGCUGCACAGGAAGCAUGUGAUUAUCUCAUUAAAGUUCAAGGUACAAGUCCAUUAGUACUGAAAGAACUGGAUCUGAGUGAAGAUAAAAUUGGAGAUCUGGAUUGGGAGAAACUCUCUGCUCUUUUGAUGGACUCUCAUAGCAAACUGGAGAAAAUUAAGGUGAGUAGUUGUAAGCGAACAGAGAAAAGCUGUUCAGUUCUAGCUACUGUUCUCUCCUCCAAAACCACCCUGAAAGAGAUAAACCUGAACAAAAGCUGUCUGCUGGACUCAGGAGUCAAAGAGAUCUGUGAGGGACUGAAGAAUCCUGUGUGUGAGCUGAAGAUACUCAAUCUUUCAGACUGCAGUAUCACAGAAGAAGGUUAUAAAGCUCUGGCUUCAGCUCUGAGAUCAAACCCUUCACACCUGAUAGAGCUGGAUCUCAGAGGAAAUGAUCCUGGACAAUCAGGAGUGAAGGAACUCAAUGACUUACUACAGGAUGAUUCCUGUAAAUUAAAGAUCAUCAGGUUUUUGAAAAGUCCUGCCGCACAGGAAGCAUGUGAUUAUCUCAUUAAAGUUCUAGGUACAAGUCCAUUACUACUGAAAGAACUGGAUCUGAGCAAAGAUAAAAUUGGAGAUCUGGAUUGGGAGAAACUAUCUGCUCUUUUGACAGACUCUCAUAGCAAACUGGAGAAAAUUAAUCUGAGUAAUUGUAAGCGAACAGAGAAAAUCUGUUCAGUUCUAGCUACUGUUCUCUCCUCCAAAACCACCUUGAAAGAGAUAAACCUGAACAACAGCCGUCUGCUGGACUCAGGAGUCAAAGUGAUCUGUGAGGGACUGAAGAAUCCUGUGUGUGAGCUGAAGAUACUCAAACCACCAUCCACGAGUCCUCGGUCUGUCUCUCUCUGUGCCACUUCCAUUUCCCAGCGGCCUUUUACAGUCUCCCCACGUCAAUCACUGUAAAGAGAAACAAGAGAAUGCAGUUCUGCACUUGACCUACUUACUCACUGCUAACCCCGCUAAACCAUGCCCCCCUCGACACAUACCCCACCACCAAACUCAUCUUCACAUGAAUAUGAACAGGUGAUACACACGUUGAUGAG